GUUAAGCCAUGAAUACUUUCUAUGCAUAGAAUUUAAGUCUGAGUUAAUUACGUUAAUUGCCACAAGAACGUAUGCAUGUUAAAAUGUACAAAAAUGAAGAGUACUUUAAAUAUUGAUUAAAUAAGAAUAACAUUGACACCUCAGAGCAAUCGUAGUUAAUUGAAUGAAGUAAAGUGCUACUCAUAUAUAUCAAGGCUAUCGAAAAUCUCGAAAUACAAUGGCAAUCUAUACGUAGAUAACAUCUAGAAUAACGUUCUUGCAGUCGAAGUCCAGCCAAAAAUAAUCUAAUGAAUUAAUUGCUCAAAAAUAAGGAUAAAUAAUAAUAGUGUAUUUUGAAAAAGGUUGUACCUUUAUCAACCAUUAACUUAGCCAGAAUAUAAGAUUAAUAACAAUAAUAAUAAAUUCAAUACAAUCCUUAGUAAUCAGCUUAACGCAAUCAUCUUAAAGUAGUUCAUUUCAUAUUUGUUUAGGAUUCUUCUCAUUUUCAAUAUAUUGCUAAUAAAUACUGUAAUAUAUAUAGAAGACCCAAUCCAGAAUAAUAAUAUUUGGUUAAUUCACUUAGAGAUAAUGAAUAAAUGAAUUAUUCAAUUGGAAGAAAUCAAGUUCCAUAAUAAUAAUACCAAAGAAAUAAUCUUAAAAUGUUAGAUGAAAGAGUUAGAGUCAAUUCUCAAGAUAAAUAUGCAGCUUAAGCCUUAUCAAACAGUAAUAUACUCAAAAAGGAUGGACCUUAACGCAAAAGAGUUUCACAAUAUUAUAAAGAUGAAGAAAACAAAAUGACAUCUGUGAAGUCGGCAGCUAUGUAAAAUUAAAGAAUUAUUCCAAAAAAACGACCUUGAAGUAAUGUAC